AUGUCAUCACAUAUCUUGACCGCGUGUGCUUCGCAUGAUCUCCACUGUCUCCUUUCGCCCUCCCGAUCAACGCCUCCCAUGCGAGCAUCUGGGAAGCAUGCUUCUUUACGACAUGGGGCUCAGAUGUUCAUUCUUGUUGCAGACCAGCUUCAGCUGCUCACGGGUUUGGUGGAACAAGAGAAGAUUCGGCAACGGACCUGGAGUCAUCGUUGCGAAUGGCCGAGAAGAGCCUGCUCAUCAGCAAUGCUGGGCGAUAUCGGUCCAAAUGCCGAGAGCAGGGUCAGUGUUAACGAUGAAGCGUACUCGAAAAAGAUCGAGAAGAACUGA